AUGUCUUAUCGUAAAACUUCUAAAUCUCUUUCAGGAUUUGGCGUAGUAGUGUCGGUCUAUGUCAGCUCUCACAUAAACUUUCCCAGUUUAUGGACUGUGGUCGUUCCAGUAUAUAUUCCAUCCACACCACUAGUGCUCUAUGGUCACAAUUCCCUCUAUAAGAAAUAUGCCCUACUACUGUAUACUUUCCAUAGACUUGUGUUUUAG